AGCGCGUCAGAACCCCGGCUGAACGCGCAGCUUGCGAGUGGUCAUGAUGGCGGCCCAGGUGUUGGCUCUGCUAAGGGAGGUGUCCCGACUGGAAGCGCCCCUGGAGGAGCUGCGUGCGCUACAAUCGGUGCUGCAGGCGGUGCCGCUCAGCGAGCUCCGCGAGCAAGCGGCAGAAAUGCACCUUGGCCCGCUUUUCUCCCUGCUAAACGAGAACCAUCGGGAACAAACCACUUUGUGUGUGUCCAUUUUGGAGAAAUUGCUCCAAGCUGUGGAACCAGUUCAGAUGGCCCGGAACCUCAGGGUUGAACUGCAAAGAGGACUGGCUCACUCUAAUGACUCUGUAAAAAUCCUUACUCUGUCCCAGGUUGGAAGAAUUGUUGAAAAUUCUGAUGCUGUUACUGAGAUUCUAAAUAAUGCUGAAUUACUAAAACAAAUAGUUUAUUGUAUUGGUGGAGAAAAUCUGUCUGUAGCUAAAGCGGCCAUUAAGUCCCUGUCAAGAAUAUCAUUAACCCAAGCUGGACUUGAGGCUUUAUUUGAAAGCAAUCUGCUGGAUGAUUUGAAAAAUGUAAUGAAAACAAAUGACAUUGUUCGAUACAGAGUGUAUGAGCUAAUUGUGGAGAUUUCCUCUGUGUCACAGGAAUCUUUAAACUACUGUACCACCAGUGGAUUGAUAACUCAGCUCCUUAGAGAAUUGACUGGUGAAGAUGUGCUUGUCAGAGCCACCUGUAUAGAAAUGGUGACAUCACUGGCAUAUACUCACCAUGGAAGGCAGUACCUUGCUCAGGAAGGAGUAAUUGAUCAGAUUUCUAAUAUAAUUGUUGGAGCAGAUUCAGACCCAUUCUCUAGUUUCUAUUUGCCAGGAUUUGUGAAGUUCUUUGGAAACCUGGCUAUCAUGGAUAGUGCUCAGCAGAUUUGUGAGCGUUACCCUGUCUUUGUGGAAAAAGUCUUUGAAAUGACAGAGAGUCAAGACCCCACUAUGAUUGGUGUAGCAGUAGACACAGUUGGAAUUUUGGGAUCCAAUGUUGAAGGAAAACAGGUUUUACAUAAAACAGGAACUCGUUUUGAACGCUUGCUUGCAAGAAUAGGAUAUCAAGCAAAGAAUGCCUCAACAGAGCUCAAAAUUAGGUGUUUGGAUGCAACUUCGUCUCUUCUUUACUUACCACCUGAACAGCAAACUGAUGACCUCCUAAGGAUGACAGAAUCCUGGUUUUCUUCUUUAUCUCGGGACCCAAUGGAGCUCUUUCGUAGCAUCAGUAAUCAACCCUUCCCUGAACUACACUGUGCUGCCCUGAAAGUGUUCACGGCCAUUGCAAACCAACCCUGGGCUCAAAAACGUAUGUUUAAUAGUCCAGGCUUUGUAGAAUAUGUAAUGGAUCGGUCCGUGGAACAUGACAAAGCUUCAAAGGAUGCCAAAUAUGAACUGGUAAAAGCACUUGCCAAUUCCAAGACAGUUGCAGAAAUCUUUGGGAACCCAAAUUAUUUGAGGCUCAGAACUUACCUAAGUGAAGGUCCAUACUAUGUGAAACCUGUUUCCACAACAGCAGUAGAAGGAGCGGAAUGAUUUCUUCUAGAGUCCAGACCAUUUUUGACCAAAAAUUUCUAAGACCAGAGACUUGCUCCCCACCUCGCCCCCAGUAUUAUCAUGGAGUGUCUGAUAAAAUUUUGUCACCAACAUUUGUUGUGUUUCUACAUUAAAGUAUCAUGUAGAAUCAAGAAAGGAGGAAAAACUUGGUUGUAACUGAACUAGAUGGUUUUGGGAUUAUUUUGACUGCUUCAAUUUUUGCAGGAAGAUAGGAAUGUUGUUCUCCCAGAAAAUUUUAUGGACUUACUGUCUUAUUUAAAAAUGUGCUUAAAAUAAAAUGGAAUCAAAUUGAUUCUGAAUUUUCUUCACCAUCAUCUUUCUGUUCUACUUGUUUCUUUUUUCCAAGUGUGUAUCCAACAUAUUGGAUAUGAAUAUUCUUUGAAAAGCAAGAAAUACAGAAUCUUAAAAUUAUGUUCUAUGUACUAAGAAUAAAUACUUUUAAUAAGA